AUGACAAGUCAAGAGAAUAAAAUUAAUCUAGAUGACUAUCGUCGACAAUGGAUUGGACAAGGUGAAUCAUUAUAUUUUGGUGAUGUGAUGGUUCUUCUAAAAGCCGUUGGAGCUGUGGAAUAUUCAAAUUGUGACCAAACAGUAUGUGAUCGAUACGGUAUCCGUUUUAAAGCCAUUAGUGAAGUACGAAAAAUUCGAAAACAAUUAACAAAUAUUGUCAAAUCAGUUAUACCAGAUAUGAGUUCUGCAUUGUAUCUUGACGCAAAAAUGACACCACCAAACGAUCAACAAAUUUUACUCUUAAGAAAAAUAAUGGCAGCCGGUAUGGUUGAUCGAUUGGCUAAAAAAAUUGAACAACCAAUUAUAAUUAAUGGUAAAAAAGUUUAUAAUGCGUAUCAGACGUUAGUUCUCGAAGAAUCGGUUUUCGUUCAUCCAUCAUCGGUUUUACUUAAUGAAAUGCCAUCAUUUGUUUGCUAUCAAGAUAUACAUGAAACAAGUCGAAUGUAUAUGAGAGGUUUAUGUUCAAUUGAUAUAGAAUGGAUUCCUCAAUUAAAUCCUCAUAUUUGUCAAUUUGGUCUGCCUGAAGACGAUCCAUCACCACGUUAUGAUUCUAAUAAUGAUAAAAUAAUGUGUCAUAGAAAAGCUACUAUUGGUCGUUUAACUUGGACAUUACCAAAAGCAAUUGAAACAGAUUAUCCUGAUACAAUUGAUCGUUAUCGUUGGUUUGGAAAAUUUUUUCUCGAUGGUCAAAUUUGUUUAAAAUUAGAAAAGUUUAAACCCGUAUUAUUGUGUUCAUCAAAUUCCAUGGUUAAAUCGUGGGCAAAUUUAAUGAAACGUACAGAAAUGUUAUUGAAUGCUUUAGUUGAUUUAACUCGUGAAUUUAUAUUCCGUAAUAGUAAAAAGACAUAUUCUGGUAUUCCAAUUAUUGCAUCAAAUAUGGAUACUGUUGGCACAUUUGAAAUGGCAUGUCAAUUAGCCAAGUUAAAAAUAUUUACAACUAUUCAUAAACAUUAUACUGUUGAACAAUGGAAAACAUUUGCUACAACAAAUCCUGAAGUCUUACAAAAUGUUGCAGUAUCUUGUGGUAUGACCGAAGCUGAUUUCAAGAAAUUACGUGAAAUUAUUGCAGAAAUACCAAAAAUUGAAUAUAUAUGUGUUGAUGUUGCCAAUGGUUAUUCGGAACAUUUUGUAGAAUUUGUUCGUCUUGUUCGAAAAGAAUUUCCAGAUAAAACAAUAUUUGCUGGUAAUGUUGUUACUUGUGAAAUGGUAGAAGAAUUACUUUUAUCUGGAGCAGAUAUAGUCAAAGUAGGGAUUGGACCAGGCUCUGUAUGUACAACACGUAUGAAAACAGGUGUUGGUUAUCCACAAUUAUCAUGUGUAUUAGAAUGUAGUGAUGCAGCUCAUGGUUUAGGCGGUCAUAUUGUUAGCGAUGGUGGUUGUACAAAUUCUGGCGAUGUUGCUAAAGCAUUCGGAGCUGGUGCAGAUUUUGUGAUGCUUGGCGGCAUGUUGGCCGGUCAUGAUGAAAGUGGUACAGGUGAGAUUAUUGAACGAAAUGGACGAAAAUAUAAAUUGUUCUACGGUAUGUCAUCCAAAACAGCCAUGGAUAAACAUAGCGGUGGUGUGGCAGAAUAUCGUGCAUCCGAAGGCAAAACUGUCGAAGUACCCUAUCGUGGUAAUGUUAGUUCAACAGCACAAGAUAUUCUAGGUGGAGUAAGAAGUUGUUGCACCUACGUUGGUGCAUCAAAAUUAAAAGAACUGAGUAGACGUACAACAUUCAUUCGUGUUAGUCAACAAUUAAAUGAAGUAUUUACUCAAAAUACUGUACAAUUUUAA